CAGAGAGCAAAAAAGGGCAAAGGGGCAGCACUGAGUGUGUGGUCUCUCAAAGUCUCUGUGAAAUAAACCUGCUGGGACUUUAGGAGUGAGAAAGUGUUUUUGAGAAGAGAGAGAGAGAUAAAGAUAGUGUCUUUGUGUAACUAGUGAUAUAAAAGAGAGAUGCAGCAGCACCUGAUGCAGAUGCAGCCCAUGAUGGCAGGCUACUAUCCCAAUAGUGUCACUACUGAUCACAUUCAACAGUAUUUGGACGAGAACAAGUCAUUGAUUUUGAAGAUUGUUGAGAGCCAGAAUUCAGGGAAAUUGAGUGAAUGUGCAGAGAACCAAGCAAGGCUACAGCGAAAUCUGAUGUACCUUGCUGCCAUUGCUGACUCCCAACCCCAACCUCCCACUAUGCAUCCUCAGUACCCUUCCGGUGGCAUGAUGCAGCCAGGAGCAAGUUAUAUGCAGCAACAAGCAGCUCAACAGAUGUCACCCCAGUCUCUCAUGGCUGCACGCAAUUCUAUGAUGUACAACCAGCAGCCAUUUUCAGCUAUGCAACAGCAAGCCCUGCAUAGCCAACUUGCCAUGAGCUCUGGAGGAAGCGGGGGACUUCACAUGCUCCAGAAUGAGGCAAACAACGCAGGAGGCAGCGGGCAACUUGGGACUGGAGGAUUUGCUGAUUUUGGACGCGCAGAAGGCAUGCAUAGGAGGAUGGGAAGUGGGAGUAAGCAAGAUCUUUCUGAUGGGCGGGGAGGGAGCUCUGGAGGCCAUGGCGGAGAUGGGGGUGAGACUCUUUACUUGAAGUCCGCUGAUGAUUAAGUGGUAAGGAUCAUGGACAUUAUGGUCUGCUAGCGUAUGAACUUAGGGAAGUAGCUGAGGAAGAUGAGCUUAGGUGCAGAAUAGAUGACAUUUUCUGCUUAAGGGACUGUGUUUAUGUUAUGUGUAAACAAUGGUGAGUGUUUAUCCUCAAACCCCAUGCAACUGUGUGCUUUUUAAGUGAGACAAUGCAGUUAUGGUAGAGUAUAACUUGUAGAUUUGUUGGUUUGGUUCUUGAUCUGCUUUUACUUUCUGAGAAAAAUAAGUCUGCGCUAUAUAUAA